AUGACGUCUUUUCUAUUGUUUUUGGCAUUUCAGCGGUUUUGGCAUUUUAGCGUUUUUCGACGUUUUUGGCAUUACGACAUCUCAUUUUUGUUCUUUUUGUUCAUUAAAAACAAAAGGAUGCUUAAAAAGAAGUUUACUUUGGUUGAUGGAGUUGACAAAAUUUCGUCUCGUCUUCGUCCAGGCAGGCAUAUUUGUGGUUGCCAAGCUCGUAUACACAAUUUAAUAAGGAAUUGUUUAAAUUGUGGAAGGGUAGUGUGUGAACAAGAAGGAAGUGGUCCUUGUUUUUAUUGUGGGACGAUUGUUUGUACUAGAGAGGAAAGACAGAUUCUCAAAAACCGAGAUAAAAAGGCUUUGGAAUUACUCAGAAAAUUAACUUCAAAACCUCAAUUACAAAAUUUUGAUAUUUUGGAUUCUGGAGGGAAUUUGGAGGAUAUUCACUCAAUUCAACAAAAAUUGUCUUUGUCCUCUCUAGCAGAAAGUAUACAAAAUGCACAGAAAUAUAAACAAAAAUUAUUGUUGGCUGAUAAAGACCAACAAGUCACAAAAGUCAACGAUUUACAAUCCGAUUAUUUCUCAUUGGAAUUAAACCCUUAUUUAACAACUUCAGAACGUGAAGCUAUAGUAAAAAGAAAAGAAGAAUUGAGACAAUUAGCUUUGCAAGCAAAAAGAAAUAUUUUGGUUGAUUUGGAUGUUGCAACGGGGAAAUUGGCCGAACAGAAAAAGUUAGAACAAAUUGAAUCCGUUAACGACCCAGUACUUCAAUCAAUUUUGGCUAAUUCUGUUGCCAAAAAUUUACAUAGACAACAAAAUAUAAGCAAUAUAGAAGAAGAAAACAAUGAAGAAGAUGGUGAUAUGGCUUCAACAUUUAAGCCUAGUUACAACGCUGAAACAAGCCAACGAAAAAUUCAACUUGAAGAAGUCUUUGCCUCCUUAUCAACAAAAUAUCCUAAAAAUUAUUUUAAUUUAAUAAAAGAAGAUGAAGAUGGAAGUGAAGAAGAAAGUGGAGGAUUAUUUUAUAAUAAAUUUGAAGAUAUUGCUUUCGAUGUUAAAUAA